GUGUGUUCUUGUAUAAUUACUAUUUAAUCAAAUAGUCUGUCUAUUUUUUGUAAAAAAAAAGUGCGAAAGUAAACCGGCCUUGACUCCGGAACCUAAAGGCUAAGCGCCAGUAGCGAGGCCCUCGGCGUAAACCGAGCCGUGCGGUAGUGACGUUAUCAAUCGGCGUGUACGUUGAAUGAUAAAAUAAACAAGGCAUUAUCAGAAGCGAUCGAGCACAUGGUGACGGCGCCCCGCCGCGGCCGCACCUCGCUUUGACAGCUGAAAUCGUCAACAAAACGGGAAUAAUAAACUCUCUGUGGUGCGGCGACAGACCAUUCACGCUUAGAUCGAAACGCGGACAGCACGUGGCAGUCUAGCCGUCUAAUAUUAGAGCAAUACUUUCCGUAACUCCACAGUAUCACAGUUUCUAGUUUUGCCCACAUGGACUCGCGCGCCGGUAUAUAACACAUAAAUGUUUAUUUUCAAAGACUGGAAAAAAACAAACAAUGAGCAUCAGACGCAAGUGGAGGGAGUAUGUGGCCGCUCUCAGUGCGACGCUGAUCACCGCCGCAGCGGGCACCACAGUGGGAUGGACGUCUCCAGUACUGCCGCAACUGCUGGCGGAAGACUCCCCUAUACAGACAUCCAAGGACCAGAGCUCGUGGAUCGCUUCCUUUAUGAUUCUUUGUUCAGCCGUCAGCCCUAUACCAGCAUCGUACCUCGCAGACAGAAUAGGCACAAAGAAGACGCUCCUUCUCGCCGCCAUUCCCUACAUCAUUGGCUGGAUCCUUGUGAUGUUCGCGUACAAUAUCCCGAUGAUAUAUGCCGCGCGCCUCAUCCAGGGUCUGGGCUACGGCAUUGCGUACACAGCGGCGCCGAUGUACUUGGGUGAAAUCGCUUCUAAUGAUGUACGGGGAGCCAUGGCCACCCUCAUCACUGUUAUGUCCAAGUUUGGAAUCCUGUCACAAUAUUGCAUUGGACCCUACGUGUCGAUGCUCGGACUUGCUAGCUUCAACAUAGCAAUACCUAUUCUCUUUGUGGUAACAUUUAGCGCUAUGCCUGAAUCGCCCUAUUACUACAUAAAAUCCGGCGACAAAAAUAGAGCUGAAAUAUCGUUGAAGCACCUUCGUGGGAGAGAUUAUUUAAACGAGGAAUUAGAUAGCAUGACGCAUUUAGUUAACGAAAAUAUGAAAGAGAAGGGGCGCUGGAGCGACCUAUUCACCGUCGGUGGUAACAGAAAAGGUCUCAUAAUAUUAUUUGGCAUAUAUUUUACUCAGCAAUUCUGUGGUAGUACUGCUAUUAUAUCAUACGCUCAACAGAUAUUUGGAGCGGCGGACGGUGGCUUAGGAGCUAAAGAGUCUUGUAUUUUAUUUGGGACAGUGCAAUUGCUUACGUCGGCCAUAUCGUGUCAACUUGUAGACAGACUCGGAAGGAAACCACUUUUAAUAGUGUCUUCGUGUGGUGUUGGACUUGCUAACAUAGUGAUAGGUGCUUACUUCUUCAUGAAGUUUGAAAACGAAGAGCUCGUUGUCGCUAUCAAAUUCAUUCCUAUUGUUGUGAUACCUAUAUUUAUAUUCUCAUACACUAUUGGCUUAGCUACUGUGCCAUUCGCAAUAACGUCAGAGAUAUUCCCCACGAAUAUUAAAUCCAAAGCAACAUGUAUUAUACAAAUAUUCGUGGCUCUGAUGACAUUCGCUGUUACUAAAUUGUAUCAAGUUAUCGCGGAUAAUUUAGGUAAUUAUGUCGCCUUCUGGUGCUUCGGGCUGUUAUCCGUGGGAGGUGUUAUCUUUAUAUUAAUUUUGCUCCCCGAAACAAAAGGCCAGUCCUUCGCCGCCAUACAGGAGAAGUUAUACUCGAAUGAAACAGUCGUUUACGAAAAGAGAGAGGAUCACUCUGGUAGCGUCAGAAUUCUGUGAUAUAUAUAUAUAUAGUUGAGAACUUUUACAAAGUACAUAGAUUUUAUAAAAUGAAAAUAGUUUAUCUACUUUUCAUUUGUACUUAAAUGUUGUUAUUGCCGUCCUGUAUUUAUAUUAUAAUGAUAAUUUUACGCAAUAUGUCGAAAAUCUAUUUUUGGAUAUCCAUACACCAGAUAUACAAUCAUGUGUUAAUGUUUGAUAUAAUGAUGAUCAUCUAAACAACUGCAUUAGAAUGAUAUUCUAAUAAUGUUAAAGUAGUGUCUCUAAUAAAGUAAAUGACCAUAAGAUCAAUUUGUACAUAGAGUAACAGAUUUAUAAGUACCUAGAGUACAAAGAAGUAGUUUAUGAUAUAACUUUGUAUUAAAAACACACAUUUUUCGAUUUGCAUGUUGUCUUAUCAGUUAGCAAGUAUCUAUUAAUAUAGAAAUAAAUAGUCUAUUUGCACUUUCAAUUAUUUUCAUUACUACUAUUUGUAUAAAUUGAACGAUCGGAAUCUCCGAAAUCGAUACGUACUUAUUUCUGUGUGUACAUCUAUUGACUAUAUUAUAUUGUUAUUAGAUAUAUACCUAAUGACCUACUUAAUUUUCCAAUUUAGUUUUAUACCGUUUAAUUGUGCUAAACAAAACUAAAUGGCUUUGGGUUAUGGGUUAGUAUAAUUAGUUAUUAUUUAUUUAAAUUUAGUUCGACCAACACUGCGCUUUCCAGAGCGGGAUCGAUAUUCCAGCAUCUUGAGACCCCAACGUCCACUUCAGCUUCGCGACUCGUUGAGCUACGUCGGUGAAUUUGGUUCUUUUGCGGAUCUCUUCAUUUCUGAUUUGAUCACGCAGAGAUACUCCUAGCAUAGCUCGUUCCAUCGUCCGCUGUGUGACUCGGAUCCUUCUUAUGAAGCUAAGACCCGGAGACUUGGUCGCUAACUGAAUAACAUGCCCUAAUGUGAAAUGGGUUUUUUUUUAAGACUAUUUGCCAUAUCUUUUGAAUACGAUAAAUAUUCCCGUUCCCCUCCAGAUAGUCGUAAAAGACUGUGUUAAGAGUGGGUAUGACACAAGACCAGCGGCCGGCAUCGAAACACGAUCUGGUGAUGAGCCAGGCCCGUUUACCACUGAGCUACUGAGACUUUUAUGUCAUUUCAGCGCACUUCACCUUAGAGUUAAUCACAGCAUAUGUAAGUAGGUUUUUUAUUUAAAUAUUUAUUUAUGAAAUGAAACAAGCGUAGUGUUUGUAGUUUGUAUCAUUGCUCAGUUUGUACCGAUAUGAUGUCGACCCAAGCUUCUAAUUAAAUCAAUUUUACACAAAAAUUGAUUUAAUUAAUGUAUAAUAUACACUAAUAAGUAGAAGUCAUAGUUCUUCCUUGCCUAUUUCAUAGAGAUCAAUAUAAAAGCCUUACUCCUACAAAGUUAUUUUCAAAAGCAUAAACAAUUUGUUGAAAAACUUAACUCGAACUUAAUUUACCAUUAAUUAAUUUCUAAUUAGUAGGAUGCCUGGAAGUAAUUGCAGCUUUCCAUCAAACUCCAUCGUUACUUAAGACAUAUUAUUAGAGCUUGUUUCACCUCCUUCCUUUCUUUCCUUUUCCUUUCCUUCCUUCUGGUAUGCGUCAGAUAGCUUAUUCACAAGUUUUGUCUUUGGCACUUGACAUAAAGUAAUCAAGUGACAAAAAUUACGGUAAGGUUACUUACCUAUAGACACAGGCUCUAAAUAUCGUAACUGAUGAUUAUUUUGAAAGAGCAAAACCAGUGAUUCCAACAUUUUUAGUAGAAUCUGCCUCCCGAACCAGUAGAGUCAAUAAAAACUGCUUUGAUGUGAAUUGAUUUGAUCACUUGUCACAGUUUGGAGAAUUUAACCGAAAUGACCAAUACCCAAAAUCAGCUGAUAGAUACCUCUUUUAAACAUAAUACUUAACUAAUUAUAAGCACAAACUUCUGGGACACCAGACGGGUCAACUUUGUGAUUAUUUAUGUAAUGAAAAUUUUCAUAGUAAUAAGUUACUUAACACUAAUGUUAAAAUUAUUUUAUCCUAAGCACGUAACUAAAAACUAAUUGUAAGAAUUUUUAAAGUAUUUUUGUUGGUUUAGGUGUUUAAGUUAAAAUGAGUGUUAUAUACAUUGUGCCAAUGAUAAUUAAAACUGUAUUUAUAUUUCUUUUCUUUAGAUUAUAAUAUAUGUAAAGCUUCCUCAAUCGAAUAAUUUAUAAUUAUAGUAAUGAGAAGGGUAUUUAUUAAGGCUGCUACAAAUGCCAAGUUGACCACAAGUUUCUCUAUUUUUUUCAGUUUUAAAGUUGUUUAAUAUCUUGUAAGUUAUUUAUCUUAAACAAAAUUUAAACAGGCAACUUUGUUGCAUUUAUUAUUGAUUAUAAUUUUUGCGAAAAACUGAUGGGCCGUUUUGAAACGAAAUAUCAGAAUCGGAAAAAACAGUACUUAUUAAUUAAAAUUGAAAAAAGUAUUUAAUUUAUAUAGUAUGGUAUUUUUUUAAUAUUUGGUUCUUUAUUUUUUUUUUUCAUGGUAUUUUUGCAAUUCUUAGCAAAUCCCUGUGAUUCAUAGUGACAUUCCGUGUGCCUUAAAUUUCACCGAACGUGCCAUUUUGAAAAGGUUAAUAUGUAUUUUUUUUAAGUGAAUACAUGUUGCUAUGUUUAUUAUACUAUUUUUAAGUUU